GAAUCAAUCUGCGUGGAAUCACUCUGCGAUACCAUGACGAAGUCUAGAUUGUAUUGAGAGGCGAGUCCGCGCAGAACCCUUGGCGUGAGAGUGCACCAUCCUCCGCAAUGCCAUCUCAACGUUGUUGCAGAGCAUCGAUGCCGUCACGCCAUUCGCCCUACAGGUCCCAACAGUGCGCAUCUCCGAGCGAUUGCAUGCUGCAGACCGGUCGGUCGCACAGCAGCAAGGUGCUUCAUCGAAUCGCCCUUGGCAGGAACACGCAGGAGCGGAGAGAUGGGGUGGAACAGAUGAGCUACAGCGGGUGGCUGAUCGGUGCAUGGGAAGCCGGGUAGCUGCUGCGGAGCGGCUGUGGCAUGUGAACAGCAGCAGCAGGGUGUUUAGCCGGGUCGACGGAGCGGUGAGCACAGGAUGAAUGGCAGCUGUGCCGUCUAUUGCGCGUCAUUGGCGAUGCAUGGAGGCGUGGAGGGGAUGCACGACGCUGCUGCCGUUGCUCCCGGCCGUCGUCGGUUUCCAUGGCGAAAGCGCGUCCAGGACACUGCAAGCAACUGCGUCUUCUCCAACGCCCCACCUUAGUCAGCGCUGGUCCCCCA